AAUGAAAAUUAUCUUCACUGUGGGACAUAAAUAAAAUAAAUGACGGAAACUAACAUUUUUAAUGAGCGUAUUACAUGUUUUGUAUUGUAUAUAUUAUAUGUGUGAGCCAUAAUCAAAUCGUAUUAUAAUAAUGCGUUAUCCGUGCACUGCUGUUGCAAGUUUGCUUGUUUAAAUAUGGCCGACGCCCACGCCCACGCCCAUAAAAUAUUUUAAUUUUCAAUAAUUGAUGCACUGAUAUAUAUUUUGUAAAGAACUACAAAGAUUGAGGAGGGGAGGGGGAAUAUUGAUAAGCGGAAUGUCCCAAGUAAUUCCAAACACGCCCACACCACAAAUGCUGACGACAUCAACAACAAUGCAUCAGAGCACAAUUGAGAAAGUGAAACCAGCGCACUCCUUUCCCACAAUUGGUGAUGCGAAUCACAGAAAUGAACUGCCGCCGGCACCCGACGACGAUUUGCUUAGGGCCUCAAACCCAAAUAUGUUUGAGGCCCUAAGCGACCAUCUCAAGCACGAUGCGCCAAUGGAUCUCGAUAAUAAUGUACAUAACAACACGGCGGAGACUGACAACAACAAUUUAUUAACGAAUCGCGAUCCUCUACACUUUGAUGCUGGUGAUCCGAAAAUUCGAAUUAUGCCCUCGAUCAAGCUGAUGGCGGCACCGCAUGCAGCGGACCCCAAGCGUAAAUUCGUCUGUCCGUACGAUAAUUGCACGAAAAGCUAUGGCAAAAGCUCCCACCUACGCUCCCAUCUCACGUGGCACACGGGGAUUAAGCCGUUUGUGUGCUCAGAGCCGAAAUGUGGCAAGGGAUUCACACGAUCCGACGAGCUAAAUCGUCACCUGCGCACGCAUACGGGCGAGAAGCCCUUCGAGUGCAUGCAGUGCAGCAAAAAGUUCUCGCGGAGCGAUCAUCUGACCAAGCAUCUGGCGACGCACGAUCGCCAGUUGAAGAGCAGCAGCAGCAAUAGUCCGACGAAACGAAACUCCCUGGGCAACAGCGUGGGACGAGUGAAAUCGUCGAAGAAGAUUAUCUCGGAGGCGGAGUCGGGUUUUCAUUUUAUGGCCGUGCUCAGUGGCAAUGUCGAAUCGAAUUCCAAUCAAAAUAAUCAGCAUCAACAGCAUCAGCAGCAGUCGGCGGAAAUUGCUGCUGAUUUCGGGCAUACGCCAAUACGAAUCAAAUUGGAACGGCCGGAGCAUAGUGACAAAUAUCAGAUAAUACCGCCGCCGCUACAGCCACCGAUAACAUCGAUAGCCGAUAACCAGUUGAGAAGCCAGCAAUCGGUGUAUAGCGAAAAGCAGCAACAGCAGCAGGCCGAGGUGAAAUAUGAGCCUGCCGAUGAAAUUGUACGCACACUCUCACAACUACCGCCACAGGAUGGUCCCUCCACCUACGGCAUGCCUCAUUUUGUACAGGAUCGUCCGUUCCGCUGCCGUCACUGCGAGAAGCGAUUCAAGCGCCAAGACGAUUUGAAUCGGCAUAUUCGCACGCACACCGGCGAGAAGCCCUAUGCGUGUAAUCAAUGCUGUCGACGCUUUGUGCGCAGCGAUCACUUGAAAAAGCAUCAGCAGACGCAUUUAAAAUCCCAAUAGUUUUCAUAAUUAGCUUAAACAUUUAAGUUUCACGGCCAGUGGCAACCGAAUCACUGUUAGUUGAAUCAGGCAAGUGUGUUUUGUUUGGCAAAACGAACAGAGUACAAUAAAAUUAAUUCACAAA